AUGCCCACCUCAAAAUCUUCAAUUACAUCUAUAGAUAUACUAAGUGGGAUAGAAUCCUUGUCAUCAGAUGAUCAUAUACUUUUAAAUGAAACCAUAAAACAUAUUUUCAAAUCUAAAAAAACAACUGUAAUAACUGGUGCUGGAAUUUCUUGUAAUGCAGGCAUACCUGAUUUCCGAUCUACUGAUGGUUUAUAUAAUAUGAUAAAACAUAAACAUCCAAAAGCAAUAGUAAGAGGUCAAGAUUUAUUUGAUAUAAAUUUAUUUAGAGAUAAUUUAUCCCUUAGUAUAUUCUGUACAUUUAUGGAAUCAUUAUAUAAAAGUACUUUAUCAGCAAAACCAACUGAAACUCAUAAAUUUUUAAAACAUUUAAAAGAUAAAGGUAAAUUACUUCGAUGUUAUACUCAAAAUAUCGACUCUUUAGAAAAAAAUGUAAAUUUAAAUUUAGGAAUUGAAAUUUCAAAAUUUGAAAAUAAUAAUAAUAAUAAUAAUCAAAAUCAAAUCAGUAACAUAACUACUAAUAAAAAUCAAAGAUUUAAAGAAAAUUGGAAUUCUCUAGAUGUAGUACAAUUACAUGGAAAUUUACAUAAAUUAUCUUGUACUCAAUGUUUUGCAAAUUUUAAUUGGUCAAAUGAAUAUCAAUCACAAUUUAAUCAAGGUUUAAAUCCAGAAUGUUCAAAUUGUUAUGCAAAAUAUGAAGAAAGAUUAUAUCUGGGUAAAAGAAUAACAGGAAAUAUAGGUAUAUUAAGACCAGAUAUUGUAUUAUAUGGAGAAAAUCAUCCACAAUCAGAAAUAUUAAGUUUAGGUUUAUCUAAUGAUUUAAAAUUAAAACCUGAUUUAUUAAUAAUAAUGGGUACUUCAUUAAAAGUAGAUGGUGUAAAAAAAUUAGUUAAAUCAUUAGCAAAUGAAAUUCAUAAAAAACCAAAUGGUAAAGUUUUAUUUAUAAAUAAAACUAGCCUAGGUAAACAAUGGCAAAAUUUCAUUGAUUAUGAAAUUUUAUGCGAUUGUGAUGAAUUCAUAAAAUUAUUAAAAAAUGAAAUUCCUGAUUUAUUUUUAACUCAAGAACAAAUUGAUUCGAAGAAACUAAAAAAUGGAGCAAAAGAAUAUAUUAAACCGAUUAAAAAGGCUAAAAAAUCAAUUAUCAUUGAUCCUUCAGAAUCAUUAAUUAAACAAGAAUCAAAAAUCAAACAGGAAGACUUCAUAACCGAAUCAAAUCCAAUGGUCAAAGUUGAAAAUACGUGCGUUAAACAAGAGGAAGAAGAAGAUGACGUUGUGUUCAUAAAAGAAGAAAUUUUAACUCCUCCAAUAACUCCAACAAAAUUACAAAACAAAACGACAACACAAUAUAAUAAUCAACAACAAAAGCCACAACCAAAAUUAGUCAGAAAAAGAAAAUUAAAUAACUCAAAUGAACAUGAAUCAAUAAGUGAUAAACAAGAAAAUGAAAGUGAUGUUGAAAAUAGAGCAAGAAAAUUAAGAAAUAGUUCACCAAAUAAUUCAUUAAGAACACCAAAUAAUUCAUUUGAUGAUUCUACAACUAUUAGUGGUGGUACUAAUAAAUUGGAUACUGUAUCAAAUUCAAACUCCAAAAAUCCCAAGAAACGAUUAAAUUUGCUAUCUAAAUUAACCAAUCCAGUAACCACAACCACCACUCAAACCUCUUCAGAAACAUCAUCAGGAACAAUCGAGACAGAGAAUCACUCAUUUACCAAUAAUAAACCAAAAUCUAAUUUACUAAUUGCACUGACUUCAUUACCUUCAUUAUCACAAACCUUACAAAAUAUUCAAAAUUUGCCACAAGAUUUUAAAAGGAAAAGAAAUCAGAGAAUGGAAAGUGUAUCUAAUUUGUUGGGAAAUAUACUAUCAAUUGAAGAUGAUGAAAGUAAAUCAAAUACAACCUCCGGAAGUCUUAAAAAUAGUCAUAGUAAUCAGUCCUUAAAUCAACAAUUACAAUCAACCCCUACCAAAAAACGUCGAUCUUUGGAUUUAGAUUUCAGUUCAUUUUGGAAAGAUUCGGAUAACAAGAAUGUAGAUGCUACUACCACCAAUACUAAAGUAGAUCAACAAAAAAAUAAUUCAACCGGUUCUUCACCAAAUUCCGAUCACUUAGCAACUUCAUCAACUUCUACAUCAAACCCCAACUAUUAUGCUGAUAAACUUAUGGAAAAGGCAAUCUCAAUGAUAAUUCCAAACGAAAUAUAUGAUGAUCAAACAAGUAAAAUGUUACAGGAUAGAACAACAAUGGCAAAAUUAAGAUUACCUUUAAGUUUUGCAAUAAUGCAAAAAAAUUCAAAUAUGUUACAUCAAAGAAAUUCAGAUACUUAUAUUUUUUUUAAUCAAAUUUUAAAAUAUGUUAAUUGGAUGGAUCCUUAUUAUACUAUUGGUAUUACAUUAAUUAUAACUCAUUUAAUUUUAAAACCUAUAUUAUUUACAUGUUUACCUUUAAUUUCAUUAAUUUUAAAUACUUUAAUACCUCAUUAUUUAAUAAUUUAUCCACCUGACCCAACAUUUUUAGAAGAAUAUGUUGAAAUAAAUCCAAUCCCAUCAACUACUCCGCUAGAGUUAUACAAGAUUCCCAAACCAGUACCAUUAUUUAGUAAAGAAUUUUUUAUGAAUUUAACUGAUACUCAAAAUUUUAUGAAUUUACAAAUUUCAACAUUUGAUUUUAUGGUAUGGUUAACUACAGAUUAUUUAUAUUUUAAAAAUGAAAAAAUAAGUUCGUUCAUUGUAUUGGCAUUUCUUACUACAAUUAUUUUAAAUUUAUAUUUUUUACCAUCAAUAAUUUAUUUUAUAGUGGUUGAACAUAGUUGGAUUUUAAAGUUGUUAUUGAUUUUUAAAGUUUGGAUCUUUAUUAUAUUAAUGCAUCCGAAAAUAAGAUCACAAUUAUUGGAUAAAGUAUAUGAUGAGAACACGAGAUUAGAUAUUCAAAACUAUGUUAAUAAAGUAGAAAAUCAAUUGACUUCGAUUUUAAUUGAUGAUGAUAAAUAUAAUUUGAAAAAACGUACAAUGAAAGAAGAUACAAAGCAAAUUGAUUUGUCUUCAGAUAAUAUUAAAUUAAUUGAAAUUUAUGAAUUACAAAAACUCAAUCCUAAAACAAAAAUUUGGACAUCAGUUGGAUUCUCAGAUCAAUUUUACACAACAAAUACAGUGAUUAGAAGGUAUAAUAAUGCUAUAAAACAAUUACAAGAAGAUAAUCCAUUAGUAGAAGAUGAAGAGAGUCUAUUAGGAGAAAAAGGUAUAGAUAAUCCAAAUCAAAAGCAUGAUUUGAUGAGCAUUAAUAAAUGUGAAAAUUUGAAAGAAAUAAAACCUCCAAUAGGUUAUAAAUUCUUACCAAAUUCAAAAUGGCAUAUUGAUUUUGAUAUAUCAAGUUGGGUUGAACAUAAUUUAAUUCAAGAUUUAGUUUUAAUUGAUGAUGAUGAAAAAUGGGCUUAUGAUGUAGUUCUUACAACUGAUGAAAAAGAAAAUAAUGAUAAUGAUGAUGAUGAUGAAAAUGUUAAUGACGAUGAAAUUAAUGAAAAAUUGAAAAUUGGUGGAUAUGAAGAAGAAAAAUUAAAAACUCAAACGAAAGUUUAUUCAAAUAAUAAUUCUAAAGAUAAUGCAAAAAUAAUUAAUGAUGAUGAAAUUUAUAGAAGAAGAAGAUGGAUAAGAUACGUUAUUAGAGAAAGUUAUAAGGAUAAAAAACAAAUACCUAUUCAGCAAUCCCAUUUAGCUUCAUGGGUUACUUAG